AUGGCACCAAAAAUGUGGGCUAUGCUCGUCCUUUGCACUUUCGUUGCAAAUGCUUUUGCAUCACAAAACUUUGGUGAAUCGUUGGUUAGCACUGCUAUUAACAAGGCGAAAGAAACCGUUUGUAAAACAAAAACCAGCAGUAGUCAGGCUAUGAGGCUAUAUCAGGCAGCUGUUGAAAAAUUAGGCUCAAUUUUGGAGAACGGCAAAUCUGCUCUAUCUGAAUAUCUUGAAGGACAAGUCCAAAAAAAAGAUACAGUUACUGGAGCUUAUGAAGCCUUGAAGUCCUUGAAGGAUGCAUUGGUUUCUACAGGAAGCGAAGUCAAUUCGGCAUUCUCGAACCUGGGUAGUGCGCAAACCUAUGUCGUAGACGCGCAACGUUGGUUGAUGAGUGUCUAUAAUGAUUUUAUGGAUAAGCUGAGAAUCGCUGGUUUGGGUGAUGGCGAUUUUGUUGAAGACUUCAAGGGAAAAAAUGCGAGGGAUGUUGCAACAUCGGAGGGCCCGGAAAAUGCACCGUCCAAUGAACAAAGACGAGACAGUGACGUUGAGUCUGAUAAAGACGGUGACUUUGAAGCAGACGAUAUCUAUUCUGGUCUCCAAGAUGCUUACGAGCGAGUUUCUCAAGCUGCUGCCAUGGCUUUAGAGAAAGCUUACACUAAGAUAAAUGAUUUAAGUAAAGAGGCCAUGAAGGCAGCGACUGGUAGUGAUGACCUCUCAGACUUGUCACUGGAAAAGGCUCAGCAGGCAGUUGGCGACAUGAAACAGAAAGCUGCAGACGUUUUAGGGAAAGCCAAGGAUGCCGCUGUUCAUCUCGCUGGAGAACGUGGCGGAGAAGAACCAAGUUUAUUGCAAGGUGAAGAAGACCAAACUAAAUUUGCUACUUUUGAGGAUACCGUCCUAUCUCGUAAUGUACCGGCUUCUAACAAUGACAGUAUCGAGACUAUUGAAACGGCGACGAGUUUUUGGCAUGACCCCGAGAGACAGAAUGGGAUCAAUCUGGAUGAGGAGUAA